GCCCAAUUCGGGUUGACCUUACUUGAUUUCCUUGCUUUAAAUUAUUUCUUGACGUCCUGAUCUGACAUGUUUUGGGACGUAUUUUUAGUAUUUUGUUCCUGUAAAUUCUUUCUAUUACUUCAUGUUUUAGACAUGUUGGCCAUAGUAAUGUGUGACAUUCGUUUUAACCACAUCCUUAAUUUUGUUAUCUUCGUGAGGGUAUUGUCCACAUUUUAGACUUUACCAUUUUGAUUAUGGCUAUCUGACAUUUCCCACUCGCAUUUCAGUACAAACAACGGUCAGAAUUAUGGAAACUGUACAUAAACCUCAUUGAGAAACAAAUGUUAAUUUUAAGGAGUCGGAGAUAAUCUUCAAAUAUGAAAAUGUGCUGCUGAAUGUGAGAACGGAAUCGCGUAUCCGGUCGGGACCGAAAAUAGACAAUGUUUUACUGCACCGCUGGUAGGGGUACAGAAGUAUUUGCAGAGCAAGAGUUGGUAAUACGACGUAUAGACUAUGAGGCUUGUGUAACUGAUGGAAAGGUGUAUUUCAAGAGUGCUGCAGAGAAUUAUGAUAAACUCUUUGAUCUAAAAUCUGUGGAAAGAGUAUUUGUGCAAAUCGCUCAUUUCAACACAAGCAAACUCUGUACAAAAGGGAAACACCAGUUCCUUAGAUCACUGAAGGAGAUGGUGGUGGAGAAGGACAAGUUGGAGUCAGCUCUGGUCACACACAGACAUGUGACACAUCACUCUGAGCCUGGGGAACCAAGUGAGCCAUCAAACAAGAGGUGGAAGGGAGAACAUGAAGGAUCAAGUCCGCCGUUAGAUGCCCCGACUUUCCGUGUGUCCAGCAAAGUGGCUGGCCGAUGGGGGAAGGCAUUCAGAGCAAGGAAUUUCCAGGAAGUCUCUCAGGAGCUUGGAAGGGAUGUUGUGCGACUGCUUGGAUGGAAGGUUGACUUGAGAAACCCUGAAGUAGAGAUCUGCGUUCACAUCAAUGAUGAGUCUGUGACUGUGGGCAUGCCUAUCACAAGGUGUCCACUGUCAAAGAGGAAGUAUAUGGUCCGGCCUGGCUUGAGGUCCACUGUAGCAUGGAUCAUGGCUCAUCUAGCAGACAUACAGACAGGUGAUGUGGUGCUGGACCCCAUGUGUGGGAAGGCCUCGAUCCUGGUUGAAGCUGUUCAGGACUUGCUGAUUAACAAAGCACAUUACAUGGGUUUUGACAUCAGUGAUGGGCAGCUAGACCAUGCUUUGGAGAACAGGAUGUCAGCUGGCACUCAGCUGCUGGAUCUGGGAGCAGCAAGUGUCCUGUAUUUACCUGUUCGAGAUCAGUCAGUGGACAAAAUUGUGUGUGAUGCUCCAUUUGGAUACAAACAUACCAUGGAAAUGAAGUUGGACUUAUUCUACCCAAUGUUGAUACACCAGAUUGCCAGAGUUUUGAGGGUUGGAGGCACUGCUGUGGUGAUGACAAGUUGUGACCUGAAGGCCACACUGCUCACCUGUAUACACCCACCACACACAGGAACAGCCCACAGAACACUGGCUUAUGAGAGGACAUUGUCUAGCCGGGUACAUCAGACCUCUUCUCAAGAAACAAAGAUAUCAGGAGAAGAUGACAACAGCAGUGGAGGACAGUAUGGUAAGGACGAGGACGAUGUUGACAUCAGCCUGACAACAUGUGUGGGCACAGGACAAAACAGCAACACCCCUGUCAGUGCAGACUCUCCAUGUCAAGGUCCCAAAGUCAUUACAGAUAUGACUACAUCAGACAUUAAGACGGACAGAUCUGAAAGUGAUCAUGAAUCAGAUUUUACAAAGCAGACUGCUCAAAGAAAGUGGACUGUUAAUGUUGAAUCCACCAGUGUCAUGUGUGAAUCUGUAGAAAAAAGGUGUUGAACCCAAGGUAAGAGAUGAAGACACUCCUGAGAGAAGGGGAAUAUCAGGUGAAUCUGACACACCUACUGAAUCGCAUCUAUAUUUGCACAGUGAGCACUAUGUAAAAUUAGGGGAAACUCAUGCAUUUAUUUUUGUUUUGAGGAAAGAAAAUAAAUAUUGAUGUCUUUUCA